GUAUCUUUCCGUGUGGAGUUUGAGUUCAGCCGUUCUGUCUUCCUGGAUCACGCACGGGUCGUCAUGGCAACCAGCAGCGAGGGAGAGGAGGGUUACCCAGACGACAACACCAAUGACAUCUUCCUCCCUUUGAAGUACCAAACCGACAUCCUCUUCACCAGAGACCCAAACCCUCCUCGGUUUGAAAUCCGAGCAGACAGCUUCUCCUCGUCCUCCUCGUCCUCCUCGUCCUCCUCGUCCCAGGAGCAGACGGACAGCAGCUCUGGGACCUUUAACCUCACUUAUUAUAUCCAGAACCUGGGCAUGUUCUCCGUGCAGGACGUCCUGUUCAGGGCCGACGUCUGGGCCGUGACCGCGCGGGGGAACCAGCUGGUCGACAUCACAGACUCCAGCAUCGAGCAG